AUGGAAGAGGAAUAUGAAUCCCUCGGGUCCAAUGCGACCAUGACCCAGAAUGCGAUUGCAGGGGCUCUUGCUGGUAUCGGUGAACACUGUCUAAUGUAUCCGAUCGAUUCAUACAAGACACGCGUGCAAGUUCUUACAGCAGCAAGUCAAGUAUCACUCAAAAACUGUUGGCGUGGUGUUUACUCGGUCAUCCUUGGUGCUGGCCCGGCUCAUGCUCUUCACUUUGCCACAUUUGAAUACUGCCGAUCCAAGUUUGCUAGUGGCAAGCACGAUCUUAUGGCUUCGGGAGCUGCUGGUGCGUGUGCUACCUUUGCUCAUGAUGCGUUGAUGACUCCAUUUGAUGUGAUCAAGCAACGCAUGCAACUACGAGAAACGACGUAUCGCACCGUGCGUGAAUGUGCUCGCAAAGUGUACUUGAAUGAAGGGUGGACAGCAUUCUACAUUUCAUUUCCUACGACGUUAUCCAUGUCAAUUCCCUUCCAAUCUAUCCAAUUUGCUACUUACGACUUUGCAUUAUCGCUUCUCAACCCUGCCAACAAUUACGAUCCAAAAUCACAUAUGCUAGCAGGCGCACUCGCAGGCGUUGUUGCGUCUUCUAUCACAACCCCUCUUGAUGUCAUCAAAACUCUACUUCAAACUCGUGGCUCUUCUCCAGAUCCUCGGAUACGGCAUUGCUCGGGUUUAUGGGAGGCUGCAAAAAUCAUUGGUGAACGUCAAGGUGCCCAAGGUUUCUUCCGUGGCUUCCGUCCACGUGUAUUGACGCAUAUGCCAAGUACUGCUAUUAGUUGGAGCGUUUAUGAAUAUUUCAAAUGGUUCUUAUCCACAACUUCCGCCUCUUCUUCCUCUUCCUCUUCCUCCUCCACGUCAAAAACAACAACUCCUUGA